GCCGAACCAUAUGAUGAUGCAAUAUUGUGAAUUAUAGUCUUUAUAAAAGCACGUCAGAAGGACAUAUCGAGUGUAAUAGUGCAGUUCGUAUGAUGGCAGAAGAGGCGACGGCAAAAAUGGAAAGUGUGAGCUUAGGCGAGUUAUACACGUCUGAAAAGCGUGGAUCAGAUGAGAGUGGUGAUGGUACAGAGCAAAAUCCUUUCAAGAGUGUUAUACAGGCAAUGCGACAUGCAGGGAAGGAACCUUUUCCGACUAUUUUAGUUGAUGCUAAAGAGGAAGGAAAGACAUGGGAACCAGUGGCAAAAUCGCAACUGAAGAAGCAGCAAAAGAUCUGGCAGAGAGAAAAGAACAAAAGUUCAGAAAAGGACAAGAAGGAAGCAGAAGAUGCAGAAAAAAGAGAGAAAAACUUAGAGGAAGCCAAGAAAAUUGUGAUAACUCAAGAUGCCAGUCUUCCAGAUCCUAAAGAGAUAAAGAUUCGAGAUUCCGUGGCUAACAGAGAUGUUCGUGUGAAGAUUUUUGGCUGGAUACACAGGAUCAGAAGACAAGGCAAAAAUAUGAUAUUCGUCGUUCUGAGAGAUGGCACAGGAUUUUUACAGUGUAUUUUGUCUGAUAAAUUGUGUCAUACAUAUGAUGCCCUGCUGCUAUCCACUGAGUCUGCUGUUUGUAUCUACGGUAUAAUCACUGUUGUUCCAGAAGGGAAAACUGCCCCUGAUGGACAUGAACUGAAUGCUGAUUUCUGGGAACUAGUAGGGGCAUCACCUCCAGGAGGAGCUGAAAAUGUCCUCAACGAGGAUGCCAAUGUAGAUGUUCAGCUUGACAACCGCCAUAUGAUGGUGAGGGGAGAGAACACAUCCAAGGUACUAAAGAUGAGAUCAGUGGUGAUGCAGUGCUUCAGGGAUCACUAUUUUAACAGGGGAUACUUUGAGGUAACUCCGCCCACUCUUGUGCAGACCCAAGUCGAAGGUGGUUCUACUUUGUUUAAAUUGGAUUAUUUUGGAGAAAUGGCCUACCUGACUCAGUCUUCACAGCUGUAUCUGGAGACAGUGAUACCAUCCAUGGGUGAUGUGUUCUGUAUCGCACAGUCCUACAGGGCUGAGCAGUCGCGUACAAGGAGGCAUCUUGCAGAGUACACACAUAUAGAGGGUGAAUGUCCUUUUAUCACUUUCGAUGGCCUGUUGGAUAGACUUGAAGAUCUUGUUUGUGAUGUUGUAGAUAGAGUUCUAAAAUCUCCAUAUGGAGAUAUUGUCAUGGAACUCCACCCGGAAUUCAAACCACCAAAAAGGCCUUUUAAGAGAAUGCCUUAUGCUGAUGCUAUAGAGUUUCUUCGUGCCAAUGAUAUCAAGAAAGAUGACGGGACAUUCUACGAGUUUGGGGAGGACAUUCCAGAGGCUCCCGAGAGGAAGAUGACAGAUAUGAUUAAUGAGCCCAUACUGUUGUGUAAAUUCCCAACAAACAUCAAGUCUUUCUACAUGCAGCCCUGUUCUGAUGACCCCAGACUUACUGAAUCUGUGGAUGUGUUGAUGCCGAAUGUUGGGGAAAUUGUUGGCGGGUCUAUGAGGAUGUGGAAACAUGAACAGCUGAUGGAGGGAUUCAAGAGAGAGGGCAUUGAUCCCUCCAACUAUUACUGGUACACUGAUCAGAGAAAGUUUGGGACAUGUCCUCAUGGAGGGUAUGGUCUUGGCCUAGAAAGAUUCCUAUGUUGGCUUCUCAACCGUCACCACAUCCGCGAGGUUGUUCUUUACCCUAGAUUUGUGGAGAGGUGUAAACCGUGAAGAAACACCAAUUAAACCGAAUUAUUUAACAUUAUAAAGUGCACAGUAUAAUUCAGCAGACCACGUCGGUGGCGGACAUAUAUAUCAAUGUGGUUUUUCUCUCUUGCUUUUUAUACAGUUGGAUGCUUCAGGUGGAAAUUUUCAUAAAGUGAAGGAAAUUUUGAAUGAUUUUAACCUUUUUUUAUUGACAGAAAUAAAUCCUAAGAGAUUGUUUGCUUCAGAAUAUUCUUUUAACUCUUCAACGUUUGAUGUUCAGAAAAAUAAUUGUCAUCUUCAAACAUCGAUAUAAAAGCUAAAGUGACAUGUUGUUCUGAAGACAGAAAAAAAUGAAGUGAAGGCAGAGUUCUUAUUUAGUUUUUGGACCAAGCUGAAAGGCACCUUUAUUAGUAACAAGAUUUCUGUGCAUGGAUUCUGUUUUGCCUACCUCAUCUUCUGUCAAGUCAGUUACAUCCAACUCUGCUACAAGCCGUUUGUUCCUAUCAGACUGUUGCUGUGUAUGUAUCUACUUCACUCUUCUUUACCAUCCAAACAUUACUGUAGGGCAUAUAAGAAAAAAAUUUAAAAGUUUAUAAUUUAUAUAAUGAUAACAUACAAAAGUGUGUUGGGGAAUUAUUUCAAUAAGGAAUGAGGAAAAUUUUUUACAUGUCACUAGCAGCGUGAAAAAUGUUGUGAUAAGUCUUCACAAGAUCUUGUGUCAAAACUAUAACAUAUUAUCUGACUAGUGACAAAUUGUGAUACAUGAACAAAGUUUGUAUUUGUAUUACAAUGGUUGUUGACAAAGAAUAUAACAAAAAUGGUAUAGAACUCUGAAAUAAUUUUGUAAACUUUUUGAAAUACAUUGUUUUCUUUACAUUAUAAAUCAGUUUAUAUAUAAAUGUUUAAUGAUGACUUAGUGCUUCUUGUGUGAAUUUGUAGACAAGUCUCAUUUUACCGUUGUGUUCACCUAAUUACACAUAAAGUUUUUAAUAAUUAUUGUGGCAAGAUGAUCCAAGGCCAAUACAGAAUUUGAACAGACUAGAAUUGUUAAGAUUACUUGUGUUGAAAGAAGAUUGGUUAAAUACAAAUAAUAUGACUGCUUCAAAAUAAAAUGAAUUCAUAGAGAAAA